CGCACGACGCAAAUGCCACCUAGUCUGGGUUAGAAAGGUAAUCAUGACGCGCUGAUGCUAGGCUGCAACUGCCAUCGAAUGGCUCAAUGCAGCUGGUUUAUUGCGUGAGACGACGCAAUAAGAAGGUCUGGUUGCUCAAUCCAUCUCUUCUGGUUCAUUUUGAUAUCUGAACUCAAUCCUGCACGGUUGUUUCGGUGAUUCAACAGACGAGACAACGGUUUCCUUGACGUCACAGCACCCGCGGAGCUCUCGGGUGCUUACAUUACUUUGAAAAGAGCUGACGCGUUGAGCUGAGCUUAUGGUUAAGCCUCGCUACAACCUCAUCUUUUCCUCAUUAAAAUCAAGCUCUUCAAUACCAUCGAACGUGUGAUAAUGAGGUACACAACCAUCCUGCCUUUCGCGGCAGCUGCCACCUGGGCUUUCGUGAUUCCAAACGAAGUUAUCGCUGAUCAGAUUGCCUUGGAAACCGAGCCAAUCCAUGACGAAUGGUCAUGGUGGGACAGUGUCCCCUCAUUGGGAGACCUGCGCUCAUCGGCUGAAGACGUUUCCUCGACUGCUUUGAACGCCGUUCAUGAUGGCGCCAAGUCGCUUGUUGACUCCCUCCCAGAAAUUGAUUUCGAGAUCCCGGAUUUCCUCAUUACAUCAUGGGAAUCAGAGCACCCCGGCAAGGGUCGAAAGGGCCACCAUGGCCACCAUGGUCACCACGAAGCUUCAAAUCUCACGGUAUAUCAGGCGAUCCAGGAGUCCAAGUACUCGACCAGGUUUGCCAAGCUGGUCGAUGAGUACCCUGAUAUUGUUAAAGUCUUGAACAGCACUCACCACAACAUUACAGCAUUCAUCCCCACAGAUAAGGCAUUCGAAAAGAUCCCAGACCACCAUAAGGAACCUCCAAAGGACUUCAUCGAGAAAGUGCUCGAGUACCACGUUGUACCCGGUCUUUACCCUGCUGGGAGAAUCCUAGCAAGCCAUACCCUCCCCACUCUUGUGAAAGAAGAUGCACUUGGCGACAAGCCACAGAGACUCCGCGUAAGCAUCGGACUCUUUGGUCUGCGAGUCAACUUCUACAGCAAGGUUGUCGUCGCGAAUAUUUUCGUGAAGAACGGCGUCAUUUACGGCGUUGACAGCAUUCUUGUGCCACCGCCUCCAGCCCCGAGAAUCAUCUCAUUGUUCCCACAGAAGUUCUCAACUUUGUUGCUAGCUGGUGAGAAGACUGGUCUGGGUAAGGAGUUGCAUGGCUUGCCAAAGACAACUGGCGGUACAAUUUUCGCUCCCACCAACUGGGCAUUUGAGAAGUUAGGGCCUGGUGCCAAUGCUUUCCUCUUCAAUACCGAGAAGGGUCUGGGAUACCUAAAGGCGCUUCUAAAGUAUCAUAUUGUGAUCAACGAGACACUUUACUCCGACGCAUACUAUGGAAAGGACGACAAGUCAGAUGUCAACAGUGAGUCUGCACAAUACCACAUCGAUCUUCCAACUCUACUCGAUGAGAAGAGUCUCAGCAUUGACAUCGCCCGUUGGGGUGGAUUCAUCUCUUUCAAGAUCAAUGGCUUUACUCGUGUUUCCAUCCAGGACGGUGUCGCCAAGGACGGUGUUGUUCAGGUCCUCGACAGUGUACUGAUUCCUCCACAUGAGCAUCACGGGGACUACAUCGAUGGAGAGGAGAUUGAGGUCGAGGAGCUUGUAGAGCGACUAGAGCCUUUCUUGGAGAACAAGAAGGAACAAAUCCCCACCAGCGAAUUGUAAAGGUCGACAAUGACAGUGUUAUACGAGAAGCAUGAAGUAUGAAAAAGACAUGAUUGAUAUAAAAGAGAGAGAAAACCCCCAUAUGAUAGUGCACGACGCAUGAGCAUGAUUAGGUAUACGGAUAGGAAAGGGAUUGAACGCGGAGAGCUUUUCUUAUUGCUCACUAAGAACUCCACUUAACAUGUAUUAACACAAUUUGAAAAAGUAAACUAUUAGCACCAUUUCUAACAAGAACUGGCAGUAUGCAUACUCAUAA